AUGACGCCCGAAAUGCCAGCGCUUGCGAAGAUUCUCAUGGACCAGGACAUCACCGUAGUGAACACCUUUGUGCAGGUUUCCGAGAAGCGAGGGCCCCGCGAGCGGCGUUUGCUGCGGUCGCAGACGGCGCCCGCGACGGCGGCCGCUGCGGAGGAGGUUGAGGAGCAGUUCGAAGGCGAAGGCUGUGAAGGCUAUGAAAGCGAUCUUGUCGCCCAGGAAAAGUCCGAGAAGUCGGUAAUUGAGGACUGUUUUGGCUCUGCCUCUCCAAAGCCGCGAUUCUGGCACUCAGCGACCCCCGACCGAUGGGAGUGGGAUGCCAUGCUCCAGGACCUCCAGGAGGAGGGGAUGUCAGGGCCGAAUCACGACGGCUUCAUACGGCAAAGUAGCGAGAAGUCCGUGAUCGAGGAUUGCCAGGAGCCCGAGCCAAGUGAGACCAUGAGGAUGAAGCUGCAGAGUCUCCGGACGCAGAAUGUUUUCGACACGCCAGAUGUCUGGGAGCUGCAGGCAAUCUGCGAGAGCUUCGGCGAGUCACCUGCAGAGCCAGCGCUGCCUCUCAUGGACCAGGACAUCACCGUAGUGAACACCUUUGUGCAGGGUUUGGAGAAGCAACGGCUCCGCGAGCGGCGUUUGCUGCGGUCGCAGACGUCGCCCGCGACGGCGGCCGCUGCCGAGGCUUCUUCAAAGCCGCGAUUCUGGCACUCAGCGACCCCCGACCGAUGGGAGUGGGAUGCCAUGCUCCAGGACCUCCAGGAGGAGGGGAUGUCAGGGCCGAAUCAUGACGGCUUCAUACGGCAAAGUAGCGAGAAGUCCGUGAUCGAGGAUUGCCAGGAGCCCGAGCCAAGUGAGACCAUGAGGAUGAAGCUGCAGAGUCUCCGGACGCAGAAUGUUUUCGACACGCCAGAUGUCUGGGAGCUGCAGGCAAUCUGCGAGAGCUUCGGCGAGUCACCUCCAGAGCCAGCGCUGCCCUCGGCGACUUCAGUGGCAAGCUUGGUGCGCUCCUCGACCCCUGACCCAUGGGAGUGGGAUGCGAUGCUUCAGGACGACAAGCUCUGCGUCCCCCAGCCCUGCAUGGCUCCAGCGUCCUUGAUGCCCUCUGUGGGAGCACCUCUUGGGCCGCAAAGCGAGUAUCCUCGCCUGCUUGGUUCGCCCGAGACAAGGAGGCCCUCCAUGAGACCCGGCAUGCUGGAGACGAGCGAAUCAGAAGGGCAGACCUUGGUGAAGUGGUGUGUGGAUGCUUCGAAGUUUAGCUCCAACUCAGGGCGCCUCGUGAGCCCAGACUUUCAGCUCCACUUCCCCCAACAAGAGCCUCUGACUUUUCGGCUGAUGGUGAUCGGUGGCAAGAACGCUGGGUUCAAGAAGGCCAAAGGUAGGGGCAGCCUGGAGCUCAAGUGCUUUUCUGCCGUGCCUCCUGGCUUGCAAAGCAUCACCGCCUGUGUCGCUAUCGGAGCAGGGGAAAGCCAACGGAUCAGCCCAAAGCCGAUCAAGCACAAUUUUGUAGAGAAGACAUGCUGCCAGCUGCGAAACGGGGAGGAGGCGAGUUGGGACUUCAAGAAACUCACCGGAGACGCUACGAUCUGUGAGAUAGCCGUGGAGAUCCACCUUUGA